UCAGACCAAACCCACGAGCCGUCAAACCGUCGUCUAUUUAACGCCCCUUGUCUCCGUGGGUUUCUUUACUGAGCAUCAGGAGCUCUUUGCGCUUUGCAGACCUCUCCGGAGCCUCCGAGCGCACAGAGCCAGCAUGAGCCUCCCGUACUCCAAGAGCAUCCCUGCACUUGUGCUGCUGAUAGUGGCAAUAGUCGGGAUUCUGCUGGUGGCCCUUCCGGCUAGAGAGAUUAAGAUGCCUUCUGAAAACAUGUAUGGAGUCAUUCUAGAUGCAGGCUCGUCCCACACCUCCAUGUACAUCUAUAAAUGGCCAGCUGACAAGCUCAAUGGCACUGGUAUUGUCACCCAGCACAGCGAGUGCGAUGUCAAAGGUGGAGGAAUAUCCAGCUAUUCAGGUGUUCCUGGCGGUGCAGCAAAAAGUCUCGAGACCUGCCUGGAACAAGCUCUGAAGGAUAUCCCAAAAUUCAGGCACCACCAAACUCCGCUCUAUCUAGGAGCUACUGCAGGCAUGAGGCUCUUGAACAUAAUCAAUGCCACAGAGUCCAAGCGUAUAUUGAAGGAAGUGGAAAACAAACUGCGGUCUUACCCUUUCAAAUUCAAAAAUGCAAGCAUCCUGAGUGGACAGGAGGAGGGGGCAUACGGCUGGGUCACGGUCAACUACUUACUUGAAAACUUUGCCAAGUAUGGCUUUGUCGGGCGUUGGCUGAAUCCAGGCAGAGAGACAAUUGGAGCUUUGGAUUUAGGCGGAGCUUCCACUCAGAUUACUUUUGAGACUUCAGAAAAGGUGGAGGAUAAGGAUAACGAGAUGAAGCUGAAUCUUUAUGGAAAAACCUACAGACUAUACACCCAGAGCUUCCUGUGCUACGGUCAAGACCAGGUUUUGAAGAAACUGCUGGCUCAUCUUAUCAAGAUUCAAGGUUUGAAGACCCAGCUGUACCAUCCCUGCUAUCCACCAGGGUUCAACAUAUCCAUCAAGCUGGGAAAGGAUGUCUUUGAUUCUCCGUGUACUAAGAAUGAUAGACCGGCCCAGUUUGACCCUCAGAUGUCUGUAUCUGUCAUGGGCACAGGAAAUUACCAGAACUGCCUUGGCAACGUAACGAAAAUGUUCUCCUUCACCAACUGCUCUUACUCCAAGUGCUCCUUUAAUGGCGUCUUCCAGCCCAGUGUGAGAGGAAACUUCAUGGCAUUCUCUGCAUUUUACUUCACUCACACCUACCUUACCAGCCUCACCAACAUCCCCAUCACAUCACCCAGUCAAAUGAAGAAGGCAAUCAAACUCGCCUGCAACAUGAGCAUUUCUGAGAUGAGUAAAAAGACAGAGCAGUCUGAGAAAUACAUGAAGAAUGUCUGCCCCAUCGCUAAUUUUGUCCAGGUCCUCUUAACGGAGGGCUACAGUUUCAAUGAGAUCUCCCUUCCUUCCAUUUCUUUUCAAAAAAAGGCAGGAGGAGCAUCUGUAGGCUGGGCUUUAGGUUUCAUGUUGAAUGGGACUAAUAUGGUACCAGCAGAGUCACUUGGAGUGAUCAAGGUUCUGCCAUCAGGUCCCUGGGUUGGCAUUCUUAUCCUCUUCAUCACCCUCAUCAUCAUUGCAGUGGGGUACCUAGUGAUGGUCUGCAAAAAGGGUAGAGAUAAAGAAGGCAUGGUGUGACCUUAAUCUAAUCCUAACCCUCGCAGUCCAAUUCAUAUUGCGCACGCGCACGUGUGUACAUGUAAAAAGAUCAACAUGUCGUAUGUCCUGCACAAUUUUCUUUUCAAAUCCGCAAACCUCAUGCUUGUGUGUGAAAACGUGCAUUAAUGUGUGUAAAAUUAAACUCAGGAAUAAACCGUGUUUUUAUGUAAAUGUUGUUUCAUGUUGUCUCACAGCAACUCAAUACAUCACUGUCUCACAAAUCAUAUACAUUACACAGCUGUGGUCAGAGUUAUCUGUGGAGGUGUUCUCUGGACAAAGUUUUUAAUUUAUCAAUUUGAAUUAUCUGUAGUAAUAUGUAUCUGUAGAAAAGUCACAUUUAGGCCUUUUAUGGCUCCUGGUAUAUGAAGGAUUAUUUAGGUGCAGAUGAAAAAUUUAUAAUUUUUCAUAUAUUCACUGGGGCUGGUUUUAGAGAUUCUCUCAGAUAACUGUCUAUAUAAUGUUGUUGACAAAGUGACUAAUUGAUCACCAGUAAAUGUGAUAAGUACAGUCAGAUUUAAAGGUCCAGUGUGUAGAAUUGAAUUGUAUUUAGUGGUGUGAUUCCUGCAUUGCAAUCUCCUCACAUCACUCUCACCUUCCUAGUGUAAAGGAGAAACAAUGCUUGAAAGGCCUUGUGUAGAGUCACUAGCUAUUUAGUUUGUCUGUUCUGGGCUACUGUAGAAACACGUUUCAACAUGGCGGCCUCUAUGAAAGAGAACCCGCUCUCACUUUCACCAUAUGAAAUGAUCAUUUUUAAGUAACAAAAAUAUAAAGAUUCUUAUUUUCAGGUGAUUAUA